AUGAGCUCGUCGGACGAUGACACCCCACUCGUCCGGGCCAAUGGUCGCCAUACGGGUGAUAUAUCUACUAACUUGACAUGGGACGGUGCGAUAGAGACGAACGGCCAUGUUGACCCUGGAGUAUCAAUUCGGUUCGGUCCGGUGAAAUCCGAUCGUGAUGUUGAGAUGGCGGAUGCGGAUGCUCAAGCCGGCGCUGCUUCGAAGAGGAAGUCGCGCAACAGUGUUGGUCAAAUCAAGUCAUAUGCUGAGCCGGAAAGCAGCGAGGAGGAUCAACCUUUGAGCAAGCGUCGUCGCACGUCUGUUAAGCAGGAGGACCCUGAGACGGAUGAUGAUGUGCCUCUGGCGCUCAACGGUCGCAAACUCCCGAAGGCUUCCGAAACCGCCAUCGGGGAUGAAUCGGACUCGGAUGUUCCCAUCGAGAGGAAGCUCGCGGCCGAGAAAAAACGGAUUCAAGUGAAAGGCGAGAAAGAAGCCAAGCCCAGCCGCAGCACGGCUACUCUGAAGAGCACCAAGGCAACAGCGGCUAAGAAGCAAACCAAUGGUGUGAAGAAGGAGCCCGAGGACGCGAAGCCCAGUAUUGUGAAAAAGACAGCCAAACACGCCAGAGUUCCAGAGAAGGCUGCUACUCCUGCGAAAGCCUCUGCCGCAAAAGCAACCCCCAAACCAACCCCCGUGAAAAAGGAAGAAAGCGAGGAAGCCGAGGACGCCGACGAGGAGGAGGAGUAUAAGUGGUGGGAGGACCCGACCAAGGGCGACGGCACGAUCAAGUGGACGACCCUCGAACACAAUGGCGUGGUCUUCCCUCCUCCCUAUGAACCUCUUCCUAAAAAUGUUAAAAUGAAAUAUGACGGCAUUCCCGUCAAUCUUCAUCCUGACGCGGAAGAGGUCGCCGGUUUCUUUGGCAGUAUGUUGAACUCAACUCACCACGUUGAAAACCCCACUUUCCAGAAGAAUUUCUUCAUGGAUUUCCGGGACAUUCUCAAGAAGACUGGGGGCGCAACGGACUCCAAAGGCAACAAGGUCGAUAUCAAGGAGUUCUCUAAGUGUGAUUUUCAACCCAUUUUCGCAUACUAUGACAUGAAGCGCCUCGAGAAGAAGAACUUGCCUCCUGCCGAGAAGAAGCGCUUAAAAGCCGAGAAAGAUGAACAAGAAGCUCCUUACAUGUACUGCAUGUGGGACGGUCGCAAGCAGAAAGUCGGCAAUUUCCGAGUCGAACCCCCGGCCUUGUUCCGUGGUCGUGGUGAGCAUCCCAAGACCGGCCGUGUCAAGGCUCGAGUUCUCCCGGAGCAGAUUACAAUCAACAUCGGGAAAAACGCCCCCGUUCCUCCACCACCGGAAGGCCACAGUUGGAAGGAGGUGAAGAAUGACCAAGAAGGCACAUGGCUUGCCAUGUGGCAAGAGAACAUCAACGGCAAUUACAAGUACGUUAUGCUUGCUGCCAAUUCCGAUGUCAAGGGCCAGAGUGAUUAUAAGAAAUUCGAAAAGGCUCGUGAAUUGAAGCACCAUAUCGCCCGAAUUCGCAAGGAUUACCAGAAGAACCUCAAGCAUGAGUUGAUGGUCGAGCGUCAGAAGGCCACCGCCGUCUACCUCAUCGAUCAAUUUGCCCUUCGUGCGGGUAAUGAGAAGGGCGAGGACGAGGCUGAAACCGUGGGUUGUUGUUCUCUCAAGUACGAGAACGUCACUCUCAAGCCUCCGAACAAGGUUGUUUUCGAUUUCCUGGGUAAAGAUAGUAUUCGGUUCUAUGAUGAAGUCGAAGUCGAUGCGCAGGUUUUUAAGAACCUCAAGAUCUUCAAGAAGGCGCCCAAGAAGGAGGGCGACGAGAUUUUCGAUCGAUUGACGACUUCCGCACUCAACAAGCACUUGUCGGCUUACAUGCAAGGCUUGACUGCGAAAGUGUUCCGUACCUACAACGCCUCUCACACCAUGUCGACGUUGCUCAAGGAGAUGAAAGCAACGGGUAAUAUUGCGGAGAAGGUGAAGGCCUACAACGAUGCCAACCGCAAGGUCGCUAUUCUCUGUAACCACAAACGGACUGUUGCUGCGUCCCAUGCCAACCAGAUGGAGAAAAUGAGCGAGCGCAUCAAGGGUCUUCGCUACCAGCGUUGGCGCUUCAAGCAACAAAUGCUCAACCUUGAGCCCACGCUCAAGAAGAAGAAGGGCGCCAAGUUCUUCGAGAUGGACGAGGACAUGGACAUGGACUGGGUCAAGGAACACCAGGCUUUCCUGCUUGAAGAACAACGGCAAAAGAUUCAGAAGAAGUUCGAGAAGGACAACGAGAAGCUCGUUGCCGAUGGAGAGAAAGAAAUGAAGGCAAGCGAGCUGAAUUCUCGUCUGGAGGUCGUAAAGGACAUGGAGAAGAGGUUCAACAAGGAGAACAAGACUGGCAAGGUGGAAGCCGAAGGCAAGGCUCCCACUGUUGAGAAGCUCGAGACCGCCAUCAAGAAGCUCGAGCAGCGUAUUGAAACGAUGGAGCUCCAAGCUCAAGACAAGGAGGAUAACAAGGAAGUUGCCUUGGGUACUUCGAAAAUUAACUAUAUCGACCCCCGUCUCACCGUCGUCUUCAGCAAGAAGUUCGACGUCCCCAUUGAGAAGUUCUUCUCCAAGGCCCUUCGUGAGAAGUUCGAAUGGGCCAUCAAGUCCGUUGACGAGACCUGGGAAUUUUGA